UCAUUCUCUCUCUCUCUCUCUCUCUCUCGCAGAAAGAGAGAGAAGCGACUGCUCUGAUACAUUAUAGCUAAACAACGAUAUAUAGUUCAGAAAAUCUUGUCUGAGAUUCAUGUAUGUAUUUGAUUAUAUCUGAUCGAAUGCUCUGAAUCCCGCAGUUUUUCGUUUUUGGUGGACCAAACACAGCCUCCAUGGUUGGAGCUCGCAGCAGGCAGCCUGCAUUAUUAUUCCCCCAUUUUCGGCCUGGUUCUUUCGUCUGAGAAUUAAUGUACAGGAACUGCAGGAUCGUUUGCAAUAUUAUUCUGAAAGAGUUUGAUGACAUUAAUUCGGUCCAUCCGGCCAAGUGGUAAAGAUCAAAGCUUCUGCACCAGCAAGAAUUCUGCUAGCAUUAAUCUGCAGAAAGAUAUUCAAUUCUACAAGCCAUGGCAUGCACCUCAUUGACUAUUCCAACGUCUCCAAGGGUUGCUGCAGCCUCGGAAGACAUGUUCGUCAAAGAGCACAUGAGGGGCCUUCGCCGCUCACGCUCUAGCAAGGACCUUCGCAAUGGAGCCUGCAUCCGAAGAUCUUACUCUGAUAACCACUUUUUUCACUCCAACAAUCGUAUCCAAGCCACUGCUACACAACCAAAACUCAAGAGCAGUCGUUCAAUGGGAAUUUUCCCAUUAUUUCAAUUGCCUAGUACCAUCUUCCCAAGCUCCGUUCGAUCAUUUUUGUUUGAUCCGGAGACAAGUAAGGACAUGAAUGUAGUGGAAAAGGAUAUGAAUAUAAUGGAGAACUCAGUGGAGUGUAGUGAAGGAGAGGCCGGGAUAAAGAGAUCGAAUUGGAUGGAGAGGUUACUGGAAAUAAGAAGUCAUUGGAUAAAUCGGCAGCAUAAUGAGGGUGAGGAUGAAGAUGUGACUGGUGAAGAGUGUGACAUUGGUGAGUGUGAUUGUGGCGGAGAUGAAGGCGGUUGUGCCGUCAAUUAUAGUUCAGAAGAAGAAGAAGGAGGAGGAGUCAGAUAUAAUCGUGAAUCAUUCUCGAGACUUCUGGCUCGAGUGCCAUGGUCUGAUACAAAGCUGUUUUCUCAGUUUGCGUUUUUGUGCAACAUGGCUUAUGUGAUACCAGAGAUCAAGGCAAAAGAUCUGAGAAAAUAUUAUGGCCUGCAUUUCGUCACAUCUUCAUUGGAGAAGAAAGCAGAGGCAGCCGCAAUUAAAGCAAAACUUGAUGAGGAUUCCACUGCCAUACCCCAAGCUGCCUCAGAAGCAGCAAGUGAAUUCAGUUCUGAGAAAGAUGUGGCCUCAGGGAAGAAGUGUCCUAUCCACCGAUCUGUUGCUUAUGAGAUUGCGGCAUCAGCUGCUUCUUAUGUCCAAUCACGUACAAAGAGUCUUUUGUCUCUUGGUUCUGAAUCACAGGAGGAGGGUGAUGACGAGGAGUCAACCAGAGGACAGCCACAAGAGCAGGAAGAAAUUUCACCCCGAUUAUAUAAGCCAGAAAUGGCUGCUUGCAUGGCUGCUUCAACAAUGACAGCAGUGGUUGCAGCUGGAGAGAGGGAAAAACAGGAGGCAGCAAAGGAUCUUCAGUCACUCCAUUCAUCACCUUGUGAAUGGUUUACUUGUGAUGAUUUAAGCACGUAUACUCGCUGCUUUGUGAUUCAGGGAUCAGACUCCUUGGCAUCUUGGCAAGCAAACCUUUUCUUUGAACCAACCAAAUUUGAGGAUACAGAUGUGCUUGUUCAUAGAGGAAUUUAUGAAGCAGCAAAGGGAAUAUAUGAGCAAUUCAUGCCAGAAAUAGUUGAGCACUUGAACAAAUAUGGGGAACGUGCAAAACUUCAAUUUACUGGUCACUCUCUUGGGGGUAGUCUCUCUCUUUUGGUCAACUUGAUGCUGCUGACCAGGAAGGUUGUCAAACCCUCCACUCUCCGACCGGUGGUCACUUUCGGCUCACCGUUUGUGUUUUGUGGAGGCCAAAACAUACUUGAUGAGCUGGGUUUGGAUGAGAGCCACAUUCACUGCGUGAUGAUGCAUAGAGAUAUUGUUCCUAGAGCCUUUUCCUGCAACUACCCUAACCAUGUUGCCACAGUCCUGAAGCGUUUAAAUAGCGCCUUUCGCUCGCAUUCUUGUUUGAUAAAAAAUAAACUAUUGUACUCUCCUCUGGGCAAACUAUUCAUUCUGCAACCUGAUGAGAAGUCAUCUCCUCCGCACCCUUUACUCCCUACAGGUAGUGCUCUAUAUACCUUGGACAAGAAUCAAUGUGGAUACUCUACAAAUGCCCUUGCAGCCUUCCUAAAUAGUCCCCACCCCCUAGAGACACUAAGCGAUCCCACCGCCUACGGCUCAGAUGGUACGAUCCUCAGAGACCAUGACUCGAGCAACUACCUGAAGGCUGUGAACGGGGUUUUAAGGCAACGUACAAAGAUGGAUGUUCGGAGAGUAAGAGAACAGAAGAACCUACCGUGGCCGCUUUUGACUUCACCAUCUCCACACACGUGGAAUCACGACAGUGACUUGAACAACAGUAGUUUAGCAACCAAGGAGAUAAUGACUGGAGUAUGAUAAACAUAUUCACAGGGAUGCCAACCCUUGUAUAUAAACCAAGCAAAUCAGCAAAUUGAAUUGAGGAGUUUUACAUGUUCUAAUCGGUUUUGCAUACAUGUGUUCCUUGUAAUUAGAUAACAUCCUACGCUCAUUUCUGUAUGUGUUACUCAUCUGUUUCAUGUAAAUGGUUAAAUAUCUUACUUUUCAA